AUGAGCCACCUUGAGAAACAUCUGUCUAAAAUGAAUAUCAAAACCUUCGUCGACACCCAGCUCAAAGUAACCCAGGACAUCGACAAGCUCCUCUCCAUCCUCAGAGGAACAGCGGUUUCGGUGGUGAUCUUCUCCAAAAACUUCGCCAAUUCGUCCUGGUGCCUUGAAGAAGUGGCCACCAUUGCCGAAAUCACUCAAAAAUUCGGGCACAAAACGCUGCCGGUUUUCUUCCGGGUGGAUUGGACCACCGUGGCCGGGGACGACGAUCAAUACGCUAAAACAAUUGCUGGUCUCUCAUUCGCCCAACAACGUAAGGAUGAAUGGAGGAAGGCUUUGACGGUAGUAGCUAGUAAGACCGGGCGUACCACUCAGGAGAUACGAAACGAGGCUAAAUUGGUUGAUGAGGUUGUGGCAGGAGUCCUUACGACUCUAGUAGCCAUGUCACCUACCAGGCAGUUCAAUAACUAUUUGGUUGGUAUGAAUUCACGGGUUGCGGAGGUCGUGCAACGGUUAGUCAUGAAGGAAAUGGAUACCGUUCGCAUUGUAGGGCUUUGCGGAAUGGGCGGUGUAGGGAAAACAACUGUUGCUCAAGCUUGCUACGACAACUUGAGAGAUUCUGCAGACGAAAAAGCCAACACCAAGUUCCAUUUUGUUAACAGGGUCGGACAAAAUGGUGUUAAUGAUCAAGACAGGGUUGAAGGGUUAGUGAGAGAACUCUAUUCAAAAUUGUUGUCCGAGGAUUCUCUCAGUCGUGAGGACUUGAAUAUAGAACAUCGAAGGGGCCGCCUUCUCAAGACAAGGGUGUUGGUUGUUCUUGACGAUGUGCACACUCCUUCACAAUUAGAUGAGUUGCUUUUACAGGACGCAUCGGACCCCAGAAAGUUGUUUGCUCCAGGGAGCAGAAUCAUCGUGACCACUAGAAAUCGAAAGGUGCUUGAGCAUGUUAAGGCAGAAAUACACAGUGUUGGUCCACUUGAUGUCAAUGAAUCUCUUCAACUUUUCAAACUGCAUGCUUUUUCACUAGGCUCUCCUGUUGUUGAUGAUGAUGAUUUGUCACACAAGGUUUUAUCAUACUGCAACGGCAACCCGUUGGCGCUUAGAGUUUUAGGGGGUGCAUUGUCAUAUAAAGACAGCAAGUAUUGGGAGAGUUUCGUUCUCAAACUGGGCAAAACUCAAGAAGCAGAAAUUCAUCAUGUCCUUCGGACAAGCUAUGAAGAGUUGAGAGAUGUUAAGGAUAGAAGAUUGUUUCUCGAUAUCGCUUGUUUCUUCUCUGGGCACUGGAGAUCUUUAUUGGUCAAGUAUAUGGAAACUGUUGAUGAAUCUGCAUAUAGUCGAGUAGAAGAUCUAAUUGGCAAGUCCUUUCUAGCCUCUGUGUUCGACCAGAGUGAGGGUGAGAUACUUGUUGUGCAUGAUUUGUUAAAAGAGAUGGCUUGGAACAUCGUCAACGAGGAAGAAGAUCUUGGAAGACGCAGCAGGCUGAACGAUCCAGCUGACAUUCACAACUUGCUGACCAAUUGGAAGGGGCAUAGAGCAACAGAAGGGAUCCGUUUAAACAUUUCCAAAGUUAAAAUGAUGAGUCUGAAAGCCAAUGCUUUUGAAGGGAUGAACUCUCUUCGAUGGCUUAACUUCUUCUUGCCGAAAGGCUUUGGAAGUCGGCAUAGGAAAACCAUUGUAUCAGAAGGUAUCCUUAACUCUCUUCCCAACGAGUUGAGGGGUCUACGAUGGGAUCAAUUCCCGUCAGCUUCGCUACCGGGUGGAUUUUCUCCCGACGAACUCGCCUACCUCGUUAUAAGCCAUUCUCCAAUUGUGACAUGUUGGGAACAGAAUCAGUGGCAGCCUAAACUUGAGAAAUUGAGUAUGCUAAGCCUCACUUCCUGUGAGAAUCUAACUGUAAUCCCAGACUUGCGGAACUCUGCAAAUCUCGAGCACCUUGUACUCGAGAAGUGCAAAUCUCUAGUGGAGGUACCUGACAGCAUUCAAUAUCUUGUCAAGUUGGUAAGGCUGGAGGUUAGAGAUUGUGAGAACAUCGAGCGUGUCCCGGACAGGCUGAACUCGAAGUUGCUCAAGCACCUAAUCCUGGCCAACUGUCCCAAGGUGACUGACACGCCAAAACACAACACCAAACUGCGACCAAGUGGAAUCGCAGUCCGGGAAUGCAGUAACAGGCAAGUUUAA